AUGGCCGGUUUAAGGAGUGCGCUGCUUCUCCACGUCCUGCUCUUCGUGUUGGCAGGAUUCUGCGGUGUUCAGGGCACUGUGCGGAGCGGAAAAGAGCCGGACAAAACCGGAGGCAAUUUCCUGGAAGACGAGCAAUGGCUGUCUACUAUCUCUCAAUACAGCCGCAAGAUAAAGCACUGGAACCGCUUCAGAGACGAAGUAGAGGAUGACUACGUCAGAAGUGUGGACGAUCCCCAGGGUUCUGAGGAAACAGGUCUGGACACAACCAAGGACCCGUGUCAGAAGGUGAAAUGUGGCUGGAACAAAGUCUGUGUGUCCCAGAACUAUCAGAGACCCUUGUGCAUCAAUCGCAAGAAAGUGGAACACAGGAUGAGACAGCCCGAACCGAAACCUCAAGUAAACAGCUGUAAACCGUGUCCCCUGUCAGCCUCGACCCCUGUGUGCGGAUCUGAUGGACAUAACUAUGCUUCACAGUGCAAGCUAGAGCAGCAGGCUUGUUUGAGUGGUAAAACGCUAGCUGCUAAGUGUGAAGGCCCAUGUCCAUGUGUAGGUGAACCUGUUCCAAAACCUGAGACAGAAACACCUUCUGUAUCCAAAGCAGAGAGCUGCACAGGUCAGGACUUGGCAGAUUUGGGGGACAGACUCAGGGACUGGUUCCAGCUUCUCCAUGGCAAUGCUAGAAUGAACAGCUCUGGUAGACAGGGAUCAGGAACGACUUCAGAGAAGAACUUGGUGGCAGGCUGCAAGGACUCCAUUGGCUGGAUGUUCUCCAAGCUGGACACCAGCAAUGACCUCUACCUGGACCACUCUGAGCUGGCUGCUAUAAACCUGGAGAAGUAUGAGGUGUGUAUCAGACCGUUCUUCAACUCCUGCGACUCAUACCGCGAUAGCAAGGUCUCCAUGGCCGAGUGGUGUCUCUGCUUCUGGAGGGAGAAGCCCCCCUGUCUGGCUGAGAUUGAAAGACUCCAAGUGAAGGAGGCAGCCAAGAGGAAACCAGGUAUGUUUAUCCCGAGCUGUGAUGAAGAUGGAUAUUACAGGAAGCUACAGUGUGACCAGAGUAGAGCAGAAUGCUGGUGUGCUGAUCUACAUGGCACUGAGGUCACCGGUUCACGAGUUCGCGGCAAGCCUGACUGUGACGAGUUAGUGGGCUACUCUGGAGACUUUGGCAGUGGAGUAGGAUGGGAAGAUGAAGAAGAGAAAGAGACAGAGGAAAAUGCAGAAGAGGCUGAAGAAGAAGAGGAGCCUGAACCAGAAGAGACUGAUGAUGGAGGAUACAUCUGGUAGACAAAGUUCACCAUUAUCAUUGCACUUGUGCUCCUUGAAGCCCAUUUGUUAUCAAUCUUAAUUCAAUUAAAUAGCAUAUUGCUUGAAGGAAGCUGUUGGAAAGGCUUAAUGGUCGAUUUUGACACAUUUAUUAUGGGUUUCGGUUUUAUUCUUUGAAUUCUCAUGCUGAUGCUUUCUUAAAACAUACAGAUCUGAUCAGGUAUAUUUAAAAAAUACUAAUAAGACAUUUGAACUUGAAAUGAUCACAUUUAAGCAUUAAAUCACGUUGCCUAUCUUCGCUUGUAGUGACAUAAUGUGCUGAGUAUAAUGUGUUAAUCAUUAAUCCAAUCGAAAACAGUGAUGUGAAUGCAAAUCUGCACUACUGCUAAAAAGUAAGACAUGGGAACAUGCUUGCUUGUAACUGAGAAGCUUAUCAAGCUGAGCUCUAGAUCAGUACAUUAAACUCUGACUUUAAUUUAGAGGAAUUUAAUGUAAGAUGGAUUACAGUAUGCUUGUAUAAUAUCUACACAGGAAGUGGCUCUGCUGUGCUGAGGAACAGCCACUGAUUUAAGAGAAUCAUCGAUAACUUUUAAUUAAUAUAAUUCAUUAAUUUAUUUAAUUAACUCUCUCUGUUAAACGGUUAUGAACACAAGGUUGUUGUAGAUUUUCUUAUAAUGAUCUACAAUUUAUUUCUGUCCACUAUACUAUAACUACUAUUCUAACAUUAAUUACAUAUUUAUAGAAAUAACAGAACGACUACCACAUUUCUGAUGGAUAGAAAUGACCAUAAUAACACCAGUCACCGAUUUUCAUACACACAAUAUGUACACACAACUACAUCUUCCGAUGAUGAUCUUGUUGCUCGUUGGUGUUCAUUUCCUUGAAUGUCUUUUUCUGCGUUUUCUUUAAACUGUACUUGGAAAUUUGUAAACUCAAAGACGAGUGAUUUUCUUAUGCUUUUGGCAAGACAUGUGAGAUGGCUCUAUAGUUUUUACAGUAAUUGCAUGUCAGUUAAGAAGAAUGUACAUUUCCUGAAUGAAUGUUGAAUAUUAUGGCUCUCCAAUGUGACCGCUUUUGGUUCUUCAUCUCAUUGUGAGUAAUUGUGAAAGACAGUGACAUAACAACAGUCCAAACAUGAUGUCCGCUUUAAAAUCGAAAAAAAAAAGAGUUAAUGUUACUAAUGUAUUAAGUUGUGUUUAGAUUGUUAUACAUGUCUAUGGGAAUAUAAGUACUGUAUAUUGUGACAUUUUAAAUGAAACAUUCUCAAUUUGAAGGGAAACAACCUAAAACUAAGAGUUUAAAUGUCCAGGAAUAUUAAGCAGAAUUGAUGUGUACAUCAUGUAAACAUAAUAAAAGGACUAUUUAUUGCUAUGGAGAUUUGCUAGAGGAAUGUUUAGAAGUGAUGAACACAUUACACACAGCGUAGCAGCACUGUAAAGGCUUUAUAAUGACACGUAUUCUGUUGUGAAGGUCAAAGUCAAAUGACGCUGCUGCUUUGUUUCAUGAAUUCUAAGACAAACAACAUCAUAAAAAAGGAACAUGCAGUGUACAAACCUAGCUAUCUGCCUCAAUUUAUUGUGAUUAUGCUUGUCAUCACUGUUUACUUAUGUAAAGUCGGUCAUGCGGUGUUAUACAGAACUGCUGGAAUAGGAGGAUUCGAUGCGCUUUAAUUAAUGUAACGUGAGAGAAUGUCUGAGAAUUACAGAGAUUGUGAUUAGUUGAUGAUCCACAUCAGUUCACACUGGAUUAAAGCUUGGAGGAGAGAGACGAACAUGCACACUGGAAACGUUAUUACUGUAUUUACCUGUAAAUACAGGUAAAUUAAACAUACAGGUAAAUACAGGUAUUUACCUGUAAAUACAGGUAACAUUUCCAGUGUUAGCAGUGUAGCAACUACAAUGUGCUGUAUUUACCUACAGCUACAAUGUUACCUAUAUUUAACUGUAUUCAGGUAAAUACAAGUGUUAGCAGUGUUAGCAGUGUAGCUACUACAGUGUGUGUGUUCAUCUCUCUUCCAAGCUUUAAUCCAUUAUAAGCUUGAAACAUUAUAGAAUAGAAUAGAAAAGACCAAAAUUUUACAGAUUUGGGACAGAAAUAAGGACAAUCCCCCUUCCACACGUUCUCUCGCUUCACAUUAACACCGAGCUGCUACUGUGUACUCAUUGCUGCUUAGCUCAGCUCGUGACAUGUUUUCUCACUGUGUUUGAUAUUUGAUAAUAAACCAGCACUGGAAUCA